AUGCUGCUCGCCGGGCUGCUGUUCUUCUUUCUGCUCCCUCUAUUGGCGUUUUGCGCGGAGGACUACUAUCAGCUCCUGGGACUAGACAAAAGCGCCUCAGAUCGCGAGAUCAAGAAGGCCUACCGAACCCUCAGCAAGAAAUACCACCCUGACAAGAAUCCAAAUGACGAGAAAGCCCACCACAACUUUGUCGCCGUAGCCGAAGCCUACGACGCCCUGAUCGACCCCGAAACCCGCAAGAUAUACGACCAGUAUGGCCACGAAGGACUCGCGCAGCACAAACAAGGGGGCCAUAGACAACAACACCACGACCCCUUCGACCUCUUCUCGCGCUUCUUCGGCGGCAGCGGACACUUCGGCCACGGCGGCGAGCGGCGCGGCCACAACAUGGAAGUCCGGGUCGCGGUGCCGCUGCGCGACUUCUACACUGGCAGAAACAUGGAGUUCACGGUCGAGAAGCAGGCCAUAUGCUCGGCGUGCGAGGGCAGUGGGAGCAAAGACGGGGUCGUGGACACGUGUAACACCUGCGGGGGCCGGGGGAUGCGGAUUCAGAAACACCAGCUUGCGCCGGGCAUAUUUCAACAGGUCCAGUCGCUGUGCGACACGUGCGGCGGGAAGGGCAAGACGGUGCGGCAUGCGUGUCCCGUUUGUAAUGGCGCGCGUGUGGUGAGGGAACCGGAAACUCACGAGCUGAAGAUUGAGCGGGGCAUGCCGCGGGGUAUACGGAUAACGUAUGAGAAUGAGGCGGAUGAGAGCCCGGAUUGGGUUGCUGGGGAUCUUAUCGUUAAUUUGGUGGAGAGGGAGCCGGAGUUGGGCACCGAGGAGAGUGCGCGGACGGAUGGGACGUUCUUUAGGAGGAGAGGGAACGAUCUGUUCUGGCGAGAGGUGCUGAGUCUUCGGGAAGCAUGGAUGGGUGACUGGUCGAGGAACGUCACGCAUCUGGACGGGCAUGUCGUACGGCUAGGCAGAAAGAGGGGCCAGGUGGUUCAACCGAACCAGGUGGAUGUGAUAUCAGGCGAGGGCAUGCCGAUAUGGCAGCAAGGCCAUCACGAUGAGUUAUAUCUGGAUUUUGGCGCACUGCAUGUGGAGUACGUGGUUGUGCUUCCGGACCAGAUGGACAAGAGCAUGGAGAAGGAGUUCUGGGGCAUUUGGGACAAGUGGCGCAGGAAGAAAGGCGUCAACCUGUUGAAAGAUAGCGGAAGGCCUGAGGGAGCGCUCAAGAACCCGCAUGAUGAGCUUUAG